ACAGCUCCGAUAUUCUUCUGUAGUAAAUGGAGUGACAGCGGUCCGGCGACAGGGCUGGCGAUGCGCGGGGGCUGGCCCAUCCGACGGCCGAAGGCAGGCGCGGGGCAGAGACGUACGGGGAAUGCGAAGUGUAGACUGACUGACCAACGACAGGAGCCGUGGGGCGAAGCGAAGGGAGCAGGAGCAGCAGCAGCGCAGACUCUGGAGAGGGUCGAGGUGAGCUCAGGUCGGGCCGGGCAGGCGUAGACUCGCUGAACUUCGUGCGAGGGCUGAGGCGCCAGGUUUUGUCUUUGGUGCAAGCUCUGCAUGCUUUGCUCGCUCGCUGCGUUGUGUUGGUGUUCGGCCCGCUCUCGCCCCGCUGCGAUCUCCUUUCGGUCGCGCUUCUCUUUGAGAGCUCCGCUCGCUUGCUCCAUGCUUGUCUGGCUGGCUGCCUUCCCGCCCGCGUGGUUGAUUGCUUGUUGGGUUAAGAGCGUGUUGUCUGGCGUAGCGGGCUGAGGCACCGGCCUGCGCGAGUUGUGUUAUCAGACGCAGAGGGGAGGGGAUGUAGAAGCGAGAGGAGCCAGAGGAGCCAGAGCCAGAGCCAGGCCCGCCGGUGAAGCUCGAGUCGCAGUACGACGAGGAGGAAGAGGAGGACGAGGCCAGACGGAAGGGGGACUUCGCAGGCCCUCGAGACCUUGCAGAGAGAGAGGGAGAGAGGCUGGCUGGCAGGAGUGAGUGAGCGAGCGAGCGAGCGUUGCGUGGUGGUGGUGUUGUUUGGAACGCUCUCCUUUUCUUUCUCCAGGGUAUAGCACGAAGGAAUGUUCUGGGAUCGGUGGAUGUCGGCCUAGGCAGCUAAGAUCCAAGUCGCAGAGGUCCAGUGUGGUUGAAAUCGGACGAGAGAUUGUUCGAUUUAGUGUGUGUGUGCGCGCGCGCAAGAGAGAGAGAGAGGGAUAGAGAGGAGAGUUGAUGAAUGGAUGGACGCCCUGGAAACGCAGCGUGACAGCGGAGACGCAGUGCCAGGGAGAUUUCGGAUUCGCUGAAUCCGCGGUGCAGAGGGGAACGAAGGCGGACGCGGUAGCUGGUCGGUCGGGCGGCGGACGAUUGCGCGAGUGGAGCAAGUGAGAGACGGUAAUCAGAGAACGGUCCGGUUGGGAACGCAGGAAUCUAGAACGUUUUUAGGGCAUGAAUGAGAACUGGAAGAAGAAAUGAAGGGCAGGUGCUGUACUGAAUGCAACGCCGCAGAGAAACGCAAGGCAUAGUAAAGGGCGUGCUGCUGGAGCCUUUGGGUAUGUGGUUCAAGUGAAAAGGACAGGCGUGGGAGUACGAUUGAUCCGGAGGUUUUUACUAGGUCUUAGCAAUGCGAAGGGUAAGCGUAGAUAGUGCGUAGGUUUUCCUCUAGGGCGGCGCGUGGAUCAGCAGAAUAUUGCUACUGUGAAUCAUGAGUGAUGAUGGUUGGAGCCAGUAUUCGAGCAACUAUGGUGAUAGCGACUCCGAAGAAGACUAUGGCGGCGAGGAUGAGGAGGUCGUAGCGCAUCAGGAGGAUCCUGAACCUAGCCACAAGGUGAUCACCAAGGAGUCUCUUCUGGCGGCCCAGAGUGAAGAUUUGCGUAAGGUGGUGGAUGUUCUCGGACUGAGAUUGAGACAUGCUCGUACCCUUCUCAUUUUUCACCGAUGGAAUGUGGAAAGUUUGUUUGGAAGAUUAGCGGAUAAGGGAGAAGAACGACUUUUCUUGGAAGCUGGGCUGCCGUGUCGGGCUACGAGUUGCUCAUACGCCGCUUCUUGUACCUCGACGCCAGUGAGAAAAUGUGGCAUAUGUCUGGAGGAGGUUUUGCAACAGGAUGUGACCAGGAUGGAUUGUGGACACUCCUUCUGCAACGAUUGCUGGACGAACUACUUUAUCAUUAAAAUCAAGGAGGGUCAAAGUCGGCGAGUGACUUGCAUGGAGCAUCAAUGCGGUGCCAUAUGUGAUGAAGACAAAGUGCGGAGACUGGUCGGUACUAGGGAUCCGGAGUCUGUGGAUCGUUAUGAGCGGUUUCUCUUAGAAUCAUACAUCGAGGACAAUGCGAAAGUGAAAUGGUGCCCCAGCAUUCCGCAUUGUGGGAACGCAAUCAGGGUCGAAGGCGACCCUUAUUGUGAGAUAGAAUGCAUCUGUGCGCAGCAGUUCUGUUUCAACUGCUUGGCCGAGCCACAUUCUCCAUGUUCGUGUCUUAUGUGGCAACUGUGGGACAAGAAGUGCAAAGAUGAAUCGGAAACCGUUAAUUGGCUCACAGUUCAUACAAAGCCUUGUCCUAAAUGCCAGAAGCCUGUUGAGAAGAACGGUGGUUGCAAUUUGGUCGGUUGCAUUUGCGGUCAAGCCUUCUGUUGGCUUUGUGGAUCAGCGACAGGUCGAGAGCACAAUUGGAACAGUAUUGAAGGACACAGUUGUGGACGCUACAAGGAAGAGAAGGAAAAAGAAGCAGCAAGAGCGCAACGGGAUUUGAAGCGGUAUAUUCAUUACCAUUCGCGAUGGAAGGGUCAUAUGGAUUCGCUUAAGUUCGAGGAGAAGCAGAGGGAGGUUGUGCAACAAAAGAUUGUUGCGUUAGAAGCUAGUGAAUCUCUAGUCAAAGACUACAGCUGGCUUACAAACGGGCUGCAGAGGCUUUUUCGAGCAAGGAGGGCAUUAUCUUUCUCGUUUGCUUUUGCUUUCUUCAUGUUCGGAAAUGAUCUUUUCAAGGAUGAUAUCUCAGAGGAGCAGAAUGAGAUCAACCAGAACCUCUUUGAGGACCAACAAACCCAGCUAGAGGAAACAGUGGAACGUCUUUCUAAGCUCGUUGAGACCCCCCUAGAAUUGCACACGGAUGACAUACAUGUCAAGGAGAUGAGAAUGGAAGUCAUCAACCUGACCGCACUAACGGAUACACUUUGCAAACGAAUGUACGAUGUGAUUGAGAACGAUCUACUUGGUUCGUUACAACUUACAACACAUCAUAUCGCCCCCUACAAGUCUCAAGGGGCUGAAAGAGCUUCACAGAUAGAAGAGGCAACAGAUCGCGCUAGUCAGAAGCUUUCCAGUGGAGAGGAUUCAAGAUACGCAAAGAUAUGCCCCAGCACAAAUGGCUUUUCGGGUGGUAUUCCAGGUGGUGAUGGAGCAGAACCGUUGGGGGUCUCAGAAACGAUGCAGGAGAAGGAAGCAGACACAGCGGGCGAGGUCGACCAGAAUGAUGUUCUCAAGGAGCCUUUGUCGAAGGAGAAGGGAUUGAAAAGGCCACUGCAGGAUCUAGUUUGGGGAUCAAGUAGCAAGCGGCCUGGGAAGGAAAGCUUUACUAGAGGUUCCACUUCGGAGACCUUAAGCGGGUGUGAAGCAGUAGAUUCCUUACCUAGUUCUAGCUCAUCCUUGUUGUGGGUUGAAAUGGGUACCGUAGCGCUCGGAAAUGAUGGACGACCACACCACCAGCCGUCUGAUCCAUCUUGGAUGGAGCCGCGAGUUGUUCAAUCAUCUGGUGCCUCAUCAAGAGAAGCCUCAAUGGAGGAUCCACCCGAAGAUAUUAGGAGCGACUAUCGCUUCGAGGGGUUGAGCACAAUGCCACCAUACGCUAACUGCAGCAGUAAUUUUGAUACUCAUGGCAAUGUUCCGGACAUGAAUCUGCGGGCAAGGGCAUGGGAUGAUGCAUGGAAGCCAUGAUCUGGUGGGGGUGGGCACAUCUCCCUUACAUUCCUUGCAGUCCACAAACCGCGCCCGUGGUUUAUUCGAGGGAUAGUGGAACCAGUGCCAUGUAGUCAUCGCCAAGGUGAAUUUGGAGGUAAUAAGGUCUGGAGACUUCUGUCACUCCCAUGUGUUCAUGGUUGACAAAUUUCAAUUGCGUUCCUACACCACCAAGGAACCAUGGAUUGCCGAGGAUUCUUGAAAUUGUAUUGACUGCCAGAUGGAAUUCCGAACAUUUGUUACAUCCAUGCUCUGUCCAUGACUUCCAUCUUUCCUGCGUGGUGAAAAGUGGAUGAAUAUCUAGGUGAUUCAAUUCUUAGAUGACAAACACAGAAAUGGCUUUAAAGAUGUGAGAACACAAUUGAUCAGCCAUUUGGCACAUAUUUGUGGAGUUGUACAUUAUUAGCUUGUACAUCCAGCCAUAUCAUUUAGCAUUUUUUACUGAAGUGAUGGAGAAUAGGGUGUCCCGACCAUGAGGAUGGCGUUUCGUAAGACAUUCACGAAACCCAUAUCCAGACCUACGAUCCUUCCUUGGUGGAUGAGUUUUCCUCUUUGGCACAGACUCACAAUCUCCAGCAGUUGGAUCUGUGGUCCAAGUUGGAGGCUUCCUAGAUAAAAGUAGUCAACGUGAUUCACCUUGUACAUAUAUAUUCUGCUCAGUAAAGUGAUUGUACGUCUGCU